UCCCAUAAGGAACCUAAGAACUGUGUUUACAUUUUACACAGCAAUCCCACGUUAAUAAUUGUCACAAAUUAUUCAAGUAAUUAUUAAAAAAAAACAUUUGCCUGGUUCCAUAAUCAUGGUUCAAUUGCAGAAUCAGUUUCUCCAAAAUUCUCCGUCCGCCGGCGACGGAACCAUGGUUGCCGAUGAAUUACUGGAACCCGACGUCCAAAUCAUUACCUCGGGUGGCAGAAUCAUCCCGGCACACUCUAGAAUUCUGGCUUCGGCAUCGCCGGUGGUGGAGCGGUUAAUAACAAGUCCGCAGAAGCGCCGGAGCUCUGAUCGGAAAAUUCAUAUACUCGGCGUUCCAUACGACGCCGUUUCCGCGUUCGUGCAGUUUCUGUAUUCCUCCAAGUGUGAUGAGGAGCACAUGGAGAAGUAUGGAAUUCACUUGCUCGCAUUGUCCCAUGUAUAUUUUGUACCACAGCUAAAGCAGAAUUGUACAAGGGGUUUAGCCGAGCGGUUGACUAUCGAAAAUGUGGUCGAUAUACUCCAGCUUGCUCGACUCUGCGACGCACCUGAUCUUUAUGUAAAGUGCUUGAAAUUAUUGUCGAAUAAUUUCAACACUGUUGAGGAGACUGAAGGAUGGAAGUUUCUGCAAAACCAUGAUCCAUGGCUCGAACUCGAAAUUUUACGGUUCAUGGAUGAAGCCGAAUCGAGGAAAAAGAGGACGAGGAGGUAUAGAGAGGAGCAAAGUUUGUAUUUACAAUUGAGUGAAGCCAUGGAUUGUCUUGAGCAUAUAUGUACGGAAGGGUGCACGAGCGUCGGUCCGUAUGACAUGGAUCCGAGCAAGAACAAGGGUCCGUGUAGCAAGUUCUCGACUUGUCAUGGACUUCAGCUUUCAAUUAAGCAUUUUGUCACUUGUAAGAGGAGGGUUAAUGGAGGGUGUUUGCGUUGUAAAAGAAUGUGGCAGCUCUUUCGAUUGCACUCCUCGAUUUGUGACCAAACAGAUGAAUGCAGAGUCCCUUUGUGCAGACAGUUCAAAUUGAAGGUCCAAGAAGAUAGAAUACGAGACGACGCAACAUGGAGAUUGCUCGUGCGAAAGGUCGUCUCAGUCAAGACUGUAUGUUCAUUGUCUCUUGCCAAGAGGAAGAGAGAAGACGAGCCAAGAGUGGCUACGAACUAUUACUGAAUGAGAAGUUUCGAACUAGAGAAGUUAGCUUGAAUCGAAUAGAACCGAAUUGAACUAAACAUCUAGUAUAGACAUAUAUUUUAGACUAAAAUUGUUAAUUUUUAUUUUUGUAAAAGUUGCUGUUCUAGUCAUUCUUUGCUUCUUAAAUACUGUUGUGGGCCCUGUUUUUAUUGAUGGGAUGGGUCAGCAGUGAAGUAGGUUUAAGUAUUAUUUGUUGUGUCCAA